GUCUGAUUACACAACAGCACUACAUUGCCAUCGAUAAUACAGGAAGAAGUAGCGAACUGUCAGCAUAGCCGAGAAGCUGAUCAUUUUUCUCUCUUUACCGACCCAUAAAUCCUAAACUCUAGCAGCUAGAAUUUUAGCUGUCCUGGGCUUUCAAAAAUAUUAGGAAAUCUUAAUGGGAGAAGAGAAAAAAUAGCGUUAAAAAUUUGGUAAGGCAAAACCCUCGCGUUCCGUGAGAGGUGCAGAAUACUAUUAGGGUUAAAAUCUCUCGGCUCUUGCCGGCCACAAUGUCUGACAAUGAAGUUCUUGGACCAACUCAGAUUACUCGUCUGGAAGAACUUUGCGCUUCGAAAGCGUCAGCACCUGAGAAAUCUGGUGGAAAUUGUUUGGCCACUAGUUCUCUUCAUAAUUCUGGUUGCAAUACGUAAUCGUAAAAAUUAUGGAGCCACGAAUAUGCCUGAUAGUAUUUACAGACCCCGUGCCCUUCCAUCAGCUGGUAUUUUCCCAUUUGCAAGGUCGUUUCUGUGCGACUUUAAAAGCACAAAAACAAAUGAUCCCAGUGAGCUGUUGAAUGGAUUGCCAAAUCUAAGAAGUUCCAGCUUGGGUAGAUUAAUUGAGGAUGCCCUCCCCCUAAUGGCAAACAAUACCAUCCGUGAAAGAAUUCUCAGAAUUAACUCAGAUCGUGCCAAUUUUGAGAGGGAUUAUCGCGCUUGGAAUAACUUAGUGCAAUCUAGGCAACUACAGUGGCGUGGCUAUAACCUAUCAGCUGUCCCACUUGACCAGUUACUCAAGGAUCCUGCUGAAUUUCAGCAAUUUCUUUACAAUAAGACCAACUUCAGUCCAAGAGUUAUAUCAGAGCUGUUAAAUAGCACUGUGAAUGUACAAAAGAUUGCAGAAUUUGCUCAGCCAUAUAUGAUGUUAUCACCAGACUCUUUAUCAUGGCCGCCUCAAAAUCCACUCAGCUAUUUUCCAUUCCUCUCACCUGGUGAAAGCCAGCAAGGGAACUUAUUUUGGGCCCUGCUUUUGUGGAGAAUACGAAAUAGUCUCAGGUCUGAAGGAACAGUCAGUGGCAGUGUGGUGAGGCAGGUGAUCUGUGAUGCUCAAUCUCCAGUCAACCUAGGGCAAAUUCUCAAUGGCCCUGGAAAUGUGACUGAGGUGAAGACAGCUUUGUGCAAACUAAACAACACUGUUCUUGGUGAACUAGGCAGGGAAUUACAAACUCAGAUUAAAGUGCCAAACAUCACUGACCUUCAGAGUUACCAAGCAAAUAUAACAAAUUUGCUGAAUUCCUUGACAAACGAUUACCAAAAUAUUGCUGAAGAUGUUCAAGCCUUGGAGUCCUUCUCUCAGGUCUCUAGGGACUAUUUUUAUCUUAUGCAAGAAUUAAAUGAUAGAGACAAUGGUGGUGGUUUCCGUGAAACACUUUGUGGUAAUGGCCGCCCUCUACCAGAGAAUGAUGGUACUGGCAGUGGCAAUGGAUCGAAUGGAGGUCAGGGCUGGCAACAAGCAUCUCUUGGAUUGUUGGCUGCUGCAUGUGGCCAAGAUUUGCCAAAUGGAACUUUUGAUGGUGUCCCGCCUGGCACGAAUCCCAUCGACUAUUAUUUGAAUAUGACGCAAAAUAUGAAUUUGGGAAGAAAUGAUGAUGAAGAAAAUGCAAGAAGGAAAGCUGAUGAAAAAUCGUGCUCAAAUCUUACCUCUGUGUAUGACAAGUACAACGUGACAAGGGACAAGGACUCGUGUUCAGUCAUUGAUCCAAAAUGGAGAGUUGACUGUGGCUGGCCAGGGAUCUCAGAGGGACAGUGCAGACAAAGGGGUUGCUGUUUUGAUGCAACGAUACCUAAAACUCGCUUCUGUUUCUACAAAGCCGAGGAUGCGGGAUGCAACUGUUAUUUGAACCAAAUUGUGCGCAGAGUGGGCGGAGUAACUGGAAAUGCAGGUCAAGGGGACAAAGACUCUGGAUUUGUUCAACUCAGCUCACUGUUCCUAAAGGGAAAGAUCCUGUACACCCCUGAUAACAAUGUGACCCGUUAUAUCAUUCAACAGGUCAAGAAUGAGCUGUCUGAUAUCACUCGUAUAAGAGACUUUGCCUACUGGUGGGUGAAUAACUCGGACUAUAUCCAUGAGAGUGUUUUGAAUUACACUAACCUGCUCAAGAGACCACUGGACUCGAGGAUCUGCGAACUAUCGAAUGUCCUGAGACCUGGAGCAAACCCGGACUGGACUGAAGUGUCUUUGAACUUGUUAAAUUCUUCUGCUCGUCGAAAUAUCACAAUAAUACCGGCAUCGUUUAAUGUCACUACUGUACUGAAUAACCUGGAUCAGUUGUUUGGAACAAUCUUGAGGAUAUUUCAAUGCACAUCACAUGAAUAUUUUGAAGGCUACAAGGAUGAAGAUUCCUUGGUCAAACGCGCCAUUAACACCUCGAAGGUACCAGCUAUUGCAAGCUUAGUGUUUGAAGAUUCAACUGGUGACCUGGAUAACGUUCCAAAGUUUAUCAAAUAUAAGAUUCGACAGGACGUGGAUUACACCCCAGCUACGAGCAGAGUACGCCGUUGGUAUUGGCGACCAGGCCCUCAAGACAGCUUCUUCAGGCAGAGGUACUUCAACUUUGGGUUUUUGUACCUACAAGACUUGAUUGAUCGUGCCUUGAUGAACAUGUUGCUGAAUGAAACUAUUGAGGAACCGGGAGUGUACAUGCAGGAGUUUCCUUAUCCAUGCUACGUCAAAGACAAGUUUGUAUUCUACAUCGGUGGUACUAUGCCGUUGUUCAUGACCCUGGCGUGGAUAUUUAGUGUGGCAAUGAUCAUCAGAGGUGUGGUUCACGAGAAGGAACGGCGACUUAAAGAAGUCAUGAAGGUGAUGGGUCUUGGUAAUGGUGUGCACUGGGUGGCCUGGUUCAUCAACAGUUCAAUUCUUAUGGUCAUCACUAUCACCCUUCUUGUUGCUGUCCUGAAAGGCGGCAAGAUCUUAUGGCACAGUAACCCUGCGGUUAUCUUCUUGUUCUUGUUCGUGUUCAUGAUUGCCACCAUCAUGAUGUGUUUCUUGAUCUCGGUGUUCUUCGCCCGAGCAAACCUGGCCGCGGCUUGUGGAGGAAUCAUUUUCUUUGUCACCUAUUUACCUUAUGUGGUGGUCCGAUGGUUUGAGCAGUAUAUGACUACGGGACAGAAAGCUAUCGCGAGUUUACUAUCCACGACAUCAUUUGGUGUCUGCUGCAAUUACUUGGCGCGGUAUGAAGAGCAGGGGGUUGGUGCUCAGUGGUCAAACUUCUUCUCCAGUCCUGUGUCAGGUGAUGGUUUCAGUCUGGGUUAUGCUAUAUGUAUGAUGAUGAUUGAUGCUGUCAUUUAUGGCAUCCUCACGUGGUACAUUGAAGCUGUAUUACCAGGUCAGUAUGGUAUUCCGCGACCCUGGUACUUCCCAUUCCAGAAGUCGUAUUGGUUUGAAGUUGCUAACAAAAAGGUUGUGGAGGUUGACGCAUCAGGUACAGAGCAGAGAGCCAGCCACUCUCACGGAAGAGGAGCUGUUUCCUACAGAAGCAAUACUGGAGGAAUGGAUGAAGUUGCCUUCCAAGACGAAGACAGGUUUUGUGUGACAGAAAAAGAACCUACCCAGCUUCCCUUAGGAUGUUCAAUAAGGAACUUGGUUAAGAUCUACAAAGAUGGCAAUAAACUUGCGGUAGACGGAUUAAGCCUCAACUUGUACCAAGGACAAAUUACGUCAUUCCUUGGCCAUAAUGGCGCUGGAAAAACUACAACAAUGUCUGUAUUGACCGGUUUGUUCCCCCCAACAUCGGGCACUGCCAUCGUUAACGGGUAUGACAUCCGAAAAGAUAUCGAUUUGGUUCGAAAAAGCCUCGGAAUCUGCCCGCAAUACAACGUUUUGUUUGAUAAUCUGACUGUGUCUGAACAUCUGUGGUUCUAUGCGUCACUGAAGGGAAUGCCAAAGGAAGAUAUUCCGGCUGAAGUUGACAGAUUCCUAAAGGACGUGGGCUUGGAGAACAAGAGACACGAAUUAUCUUCAUGUCUUUCUGGUGGAAUGAAACGAAAGCUCUCUGUGGCCAUGGCCUUUGUAGCAGGCUCCAAAGUCGUCAUCCUGGAUGAGCCCACGGCUGGUGUGGACCCAUAUGCAAGGCGAGGAAUCUGGGACUUGCUUCUUUACUACAAAACAGGCCGUACUGUGCUUCUCUCUACUCAUCAUAUGGACGAAGCAGACAUUUUGGGAGACAGAAUCGCCAUUAUCUCACAAGGAAAGCUUCAUUGCUGUGGCUCCUCUUUGUUCCUCAAGGGACACUAUGGCAACGGGUACUACAUGACACUCACUAAGAAGGCACCAGAGGAGAGGCCAGGCACGGCAAGGACCCUAAAGGACGUGACAUUGAUGCAGUAUGCUCCUUCAACAGGGAGCUCUCUUGAUGAAGGUGUUGGUAUGGACUCAUUAGACGCUUCAGAGCAAGGGAGCCUCAAUUCCGUGCCUGUGAACUCCUCCUCAGACCCUUCUCUGGAUGUUACAGAAGUGUUCUGCAAGGAGCCAGCGGUAACUUCCUUCGUCAAGACCUAUAUCCCCACGGCUCAACUGGUCGAGAACAUUGGGUCUGAGCUAACAUACGUUCUUCCGACUGAGUUAGCUGGGGAAGGCCGCUUCCAGGAUCUGUUUGAAGAGCUGGAUAAAAACUUGGAUCAACUUCACAUCGGUAGUUAUGGCGUGUCAGAUACCACUCUUGAAGAGGUGUUCUUGAAAGUAGCCGAAGAAGCCAACGCCGAAGAAGAAGACAUGCUUGCUGCCGAGAUGCCCAAACGCCGGCCCAGUUUCCGCUCACAGCUGAGUCGCAGUUCAAGAAUAAGCGACAGUUUUACUGACAGAGAACAGCUAUUGGCUAACGAUAGUCAAGAUUUAAAUGACCGGGACGACACCACCUCUGUUUUGGAUGCCCAAGAUGGAGUUUAUGAAGGAGAAAAGAGGCUGACAGGUGCCAAGCUACUGAAAGGACAAUUCUGGGCUCUGCUGGUAAAACGAUUCCAUCAUACCAGAAGAAAUCGGAAAGGAUUCUUUUCUCAGAUUCUACUGCCGGCCUUCUUUGUCUGUUUGGCUAUGCUCGUGUCGCAGAUCAGACCAGUUUCAGAGAUGCCAGCACUUGAACUUAACACCAACAUGUUCCUAGACCUCGAGCCACAUGAGCAUUACUUGGCGUUUGCUUUGGAUGAUAAUGGAAAAUCGGCUUUAACACAGCGCAUGAUGGAUAUGCUGGUGGAAUAUCCGGGAGUUGGAACGUCCUGUUUGGAAAAUUCCUGUAAAAGAAAACCAAUCAAGUUCAGUCCUGCUCCUAAAGAAAAUGCCAGUACUUUACAAUGUGACUGUCACUCAACUGGAACAGCAAAAUGUCCCGCGGGUGCUGGUGGCCCUAGACCUUCUCAGUGGCACUCGUUUACCGGUGACAAGCUACAGAACAUGACUGGCCGCAAUAUGACAGACUAUCUGCUCAAGACUUAUCACAAUUUUAUUCGAAAGAGAUAUGGAGCUGUAACUCUCGGAGAUAACUUCAGAAAUCUACCAGCCUCUUUCUCUCAGUCAAACGUAUCGUACCUCAGGCGUAUUUUUAAGCGGCACAAUGCAAAGGCCUGGUACAAUACUAAGGGUUAUCACGCUGCUCCGACAUUCCUAAAUGUACUGAACAAUGUGAUCCUUAGAGGCAAGGCUCGCGAGAAAGGACUGAAUGCAUCACUAUUUGGUAUUAACACUAUUAAUCACCCUAUGAACUACACCAAGGAACAACUGAGCGAGGAAAAUCUUUUUAACCGUAUUGUUGACGUGCUCGUGGCCAUCUGUGUGGUUUUCGCCUUGUCGUUCGUUCCCGCCAGCUUUGUUGUUUACUUAGUCAACGAGCGAGCUUGUAAAGCCAAGCAUCUGCACUUGGUCAGCGGUGUGCGCCCGUUCAUCUAUUGGCUGUCUACUUAUACUUGGGACUUCAUCAACUACCUCAUUCCAGCAGUGGGUUGCAUCUUCAUUUUCUUGGCCUUUGGUGAAGACUCGUAUACUUCGACGAGGAAUUUCCCACCGACCUUCCUUCUUCUUAUCCUUUACGGAUGGGCCAUCACACCCCUCAUGUACCCGGCAUCGUUUGUCUUCAAGGAGUCAAGCACAGCUUACAUCGUUUUGAUUUGUGUCAACAUAUUUAUUGGAAUCAACACUACUCUAGCUACAUUCAUCUUGGAGUUCUUCGUCGACGAUCAGGAGCUCAUUGCGGUUGUCGAGAUGCUGAAGAAAAUUUUCCUGAUUUUUCCAAAUUUCUGCCUUGGCCGAGGAUUAAUCGAUCUCGCUAGGAAUCAGUUUAUGGAUGUAUUUGAGAGGUUUGGGCAAAAUCUGGUUCGUGAUCCAUUUAGCUGGGACAUCACUGGCCGAAACAUUAUGAUGUUGAUCAUUCAAGGCUUUGUGUUCUUUUUUAUCACUGUCUUGAUCGAGUAUCGCUUCUUCCUUCCGCAGAGACGGGUUAAUGUCACCCUUAAACCUCUAGAAGACGAAGAUGAAGACGUAGAAAAGGAACGACAACGAGUUGAAAGAGGAGAAGGAGCAGAUGACAUUCUGCGACUCAAGAAUCUCACCAAGGUGUACAAGUCUAGACGGAUAAGGAAUGUGGCGGUCAAUCGCCUGUGUGUCGGGGUCCCCAAAGGCGAGUGUUUUGGAUUGCUUGGAGUCAACGGAGCUGGAAAAACGAGCACGUUCAAGAUGUUGACGGGCGAUAUUUCAGUAACUUCAGGAGAAGCCUUUGUGGAUGGCUACAGUGUUCUAACUGACAUCCAUAACGCACACCAAUCCAUGGGCUACUGUCCCCAGUUUGACGGGCUGGAUAGCCAGCUGACUGCCGCUGAACACCUUCGACUGUAUGCACGGCUCAGAGGAGUUCCCGAAAAAGACGUCAAAAAGGUUGUCGAGAGUCUCAUUGCUCGAAUGAAUUUGACUGAAUACGCCAACAGAUGUGCUGGUGGGUACAGCGGAGGGAACAAAAGAAAACUUUCCACGGCCAUUGCAUUAGUUGGCAAUCCACCAAUUGUUUUCCUGGACGAACCGACCACUGGUAUGGAUCCAAAAGCUCGCCGAUUCUUGUGGAACGUAAUUACUAGUCUUGUAAAGGAAGGACGCACAGUCAUUCUGACUUCCCACAGGUAAACUAUUCGACGGUGG